AACGCUAAGCUUUUUUCUCGUCUUCUUCACGAACUUCAUCAGACGCCCAUGGCCACCACAGCUCACAGCAAUACGACCCGAUUUAUCGUCAAAAUUUCAACCCGACAACCCGCUUUCCCCGCCCCGAAAUUUCGGAACCUCAUCCACCGCCUCGAAACGGACCAUUGAAGAUUGCAAGUAUGAGUGAUGCAAUUGAUUUAACUGGAGAUGGAGGUGUGCUCAAGAAGAUUGUAAGGCAUGCCAAACCGGAUGCAACUGGUCCGACGCAAGACCUUCCUCUUGUUGAUGUUCAUUAUGAAGGGGUUCUUGAGGAAACUGGGGAAGUGUUUGAUACGACUCAUGAGGACAAUACGAUUUUCUCAUUUGAGAUUGGGAAGGGCAGUGUAAUCAAGGCUUGGGAUGUCGCACUGAGAACCAUGAAGGUUGGCGAGAUUGCUAAGAUCACUUGCAAGCCCGAAUAUGCUUAUGGCAGUGCAGGGUCUCCACCAGAUAUCCCACCAGAUGCAACCCUUAUAUUUGAGGUGGAGUUAGUUGCCUGCAACCCACGGAAGGGAUUGAGUCUGGGUAGUGCUUCAGAGGAAAGGAAUAGGCUAGAAGAACUGAAGAAGCAGAGAGAGCUUGCUGCUGCAACCAAAGAGGAAGAGAAGAAGAAGAGAGAAGAGGCCAAAGCUGCCGCUGCUGCCCGUAUUCAAGCUAAGUUAGAUGCCAAGAAGGGAGGAAAGGGAAAAGGCAAAGGAAAAUAGGCCCUUGAGCAUGUUAUUAAUAUGAACCUUAAUAAUUGAUUAGAUGGAAUAAAUGAGUUAGUCCACUCAUUAGUUAGACAAGAUGGUGGAGUUUGUGCAAUAGCAUAGUAUGAGUGAUCUAUGAUUUUGAAUGUCAUGAUUACUCAUUUGAAGCAAAUUUCAGAUUCGGAUGGUUUUAGUCGUCUAUUUCAAUCAAGUGAGGCUUUUCUUCUGAA